CACCUACUGCCAGAAGAAGUCGGCAGUAAUAUAAGAGAACACAUGUCAGACCCCCCGCGCUAUCGUCGUACGCCGAUCGCUUUGACGACCUAAGCCGACCUUCGGCUUCCAUUGGGACGAUACCCGCUACAGUUCAUGGGGUUUUCGUUGACUGUCUCGGUCCAACAUUGCGUCUCGUUAUGUCUCGGUGUACGAUUGCGUCUGGUUAUCGCUCCGUCCACAUUGCCGAUCAAUAUGGAUCCGUCCAUCAUUGUUUUUCGUUGUGGCUCGGUCCACAAUUGCCGAUCACUAUGGAUCACUCCAUCAUUGUUUUUUGUUUUGGCUCGGUCUAGUUUUGCUGUAUUUGAACCAUCGUCUCACGUUUCCAAAUUUAUUGUAUACUGCGGGCAUUGAGAAAGUAGUUAAUGCCGGUAGAGCCGGAACCGAAUUGGCGAGAAUGCGAGAUGAAGUCCCUCCAGACAACCGGCCGUGACGACAUCGCCAUCCGAGUAAUUCAAGGAUUCUU